CAACUCGGACCAAAGUCAAAGACAACUCGGACCAAAGUCAAAGACAACUCGGACCAAUGUCAAAGACAACUCGGACCAAAGUCAAAGACAACUCGGACAAAUGUCAAAGACAACUCGGACCAAAGUCAAAGACAACUCGGACCAAAGUCAAAGACAACUCGGACUAAAGUCAAAGACACACUCGGACAACUUUUUAAAGACAACUCGGACCAAAGUCAAAGACAACUCGGACUAAAGUCAAAGACAACUCGGACUAAUGUCAAAGACAACUCGGACUAA